GCGAUGAUCAAUAUGGCAUCAUCUCAACCACCACUUGAGAACUCUGAAUUCUCCAUAGUUAGUGUGCAGGAACUCAUCAAAGACCCUAAUAUCACUGUGCCAAAUAGCUACUUUCGUCCAGAUCAAGAGCCUCCAAAACCCUUAAACGGAAACCAUUAUUUCCCUGCAAUCCCCACUAUUGACUUGGAACGUUUGGUUUCCGAGGAACAGGCGGAGUUUGAACUAGCGAAGUUGGAAUCGACGUGCAAAGAAUGGGGUAUCUUUCAGUUGGUGAACCAUGGAGUUAGCUCUUCACUGCUGGAGAAGCUGAAAUUUGAGAUCCAAGAAUUUUUUAAUCUUCCUCUAGAAGAGAAAAUGAAAUACAAAAUAAAGCCUGACGACUUUGAAGGUUAUGGAAGCGUCGUCCGAUCCGAUGGAAAACUUGAUUGGGGGGAUAAGUUGUACAUGACAACUAACCCUAUUCACAUGAGAGAAUCGCACCUUUUCCCAGAGCUCCCUUCAUCCUUAAGGAAUACUUUAGAGUAUUACUUCCAGGAAAUGCAAAAUCUUUCCAGAAAACUUCUUGGAAUGAUAGGAAAGACUCUGAACACGGAGAUUAAAGAAAUGGAAGAAUUGUUUGAAGAUGGGAUGCAAUCAGUGCGGUUUAAUUAUUAUCCUCCAUGUUCAAAACCAGAGCUGGUUAUGGGUCUUGCACCUCACUCUGAUGCUACUGUUAUCACUAUUUUGAAUCAACUUAAUGGAGUUGAUGGUCUUCACAUUAAAAAGGAUAGCGUUUGGAUUCCCGUCAGCAUCCUUCCUGAAGCUCUUGCGAUAAACUUGGGAGAUAUUCUAGAGAUAAUGAGCAACGGACUUUAUCAGAGCGUCGAGCACAGAGCAUCAAUAAACUCGGCGAAAGAGAGGAUGUCAAUUGCUUUUUUUGUCUGCCCCAAGUUUGAUGCAGAGAUUGGAGCUGCAAGAAGCCUGAUAAUUCCUGAAAACCCACCAUUAUUUAAAAGAAUAGGGACGGAAGAGUACUUUAAAAGCUUCUUCUCCCGUAAGCUCAAAGGAAAGACAAACUUGGAGUACAUGAAGAUUGAAAAUGGUGAAGGCAUGCACCACAAUAUUUGAAUAAAUGGUCUUAAUAUUACUGUUUGGAAGCUUUGUAGUAUUAUCUCACUGACA